AUGGGCACCACCAAACGAACGUACCCCGAUGUGCUCGAGGUCCAAGGUCAGGCCUUCAAAACCGAUGAAUGGACCAACGUCCCCCAGUUCAUCCUCGACCUCACCAAACGCCAACUCCACCAGAACCCUAACCACCCCAUCGGAAUCCUCCGCCACUUAAUCGAGAAAAACUUCACCGGCCUUGGAUACACGUACUACAGUGACUUUCAGCCCGUGGUCACCACGUACGAAAACUUCGAUAUGCUCGGGUUUCCCCCAGACCAUCCUGGCCGAAGCAAAUCUGAUACCUACUACUUGAAUAAAACCCAUUUGUUGAGAACACACACCUCAGCCCACGAAGGUGAGUGCUUUUCGUUGAUGAAGACCCCCGGAUACUUCAUCACCGCCGACGUGUACCGCAAAGAUGAAAUCGACCGAACUCACUAUCCCGCUUUCCACCAGAUGGAAGGAGCUCGGGUCUGGGACAGAAACCAGCCGGGACUAUUUGAGCAGUUGCAACGUGACAUCGACUCGAUUCCUACCACCAACUUGGUGGUGGAAGACUGUGCUGCCCAAUCACCGGCCAACCCCAAGCAAGAGUAUAUGGAAAAUAGAGAAGUGGAAUUGGUGUCUGCGCACUUGAAGCGCACGAUGGAGUUGUUGGUGCACACGGUGUUUGAGGCAGCCAAGGCCAGUGCUGCCGCCGCUGGAUCGACCGAGCCUUACCUCAACGAGCCGUUGCGCGUACGGUGGGUGGAGGCGUACUUUCCGUGGACCGCUCCCUCGUACGAGAUCGAAGUUUGGUGGAAAGGCGAAUGGCUUGAAUGUUGUGGCCUGGGGCUUGUGCGGCAACCGGUCAUGGUCAAUGCUGGCUUGAGCACCGACCACAUCGGAUGGGCGUUUGGGGUGGGCCUCGACCGAAUCGCCAUGUUGUUAUUUGGAAUUCCCGAUAUUAGGCUCUUCUGGACUCUCGACCCGCGAUUUGGCAGCCAGUUCCAGCAGGGAAAGGUGACCACCUUCCAACCGUACUCGAAAUUCCCAGGAAUCAAGCGGGACGUUUCGUUUUGGUUGCCAGACGGAAGCCUUUUACACGCCAAUGAUGUGAUGGAAUCGAUCCGGAACUAUGGUGGAGAUUUGAUAGAAAGUGUGAGUUUGAUUGAUGAGUUCAAGCACCCUAAAACUGCAAGACAUUCGCAGUGCUACCGAGUGAAUUACCAGUCGAUGGACCGCAACUUGACCAACUCAGAGAUCAAUCAGAUCCAUAGUGACGUGCAGAACGACUUGAUUGAGUAUUUCGGCAUCGAAAUCCGUUAA